GACCGUCGGGGCUGCGGCACCGCCUGCCCGGAAGGAGCCGCUGAGAGUCGGGCCGCGGCAGCCAUCGCGCUUUGUGGUCGUGUCUCCGGGGCUGUGGCGCCGACGCCGAGCUGCGCUUUGCGUUCUCGCCUGUGGCAGACCCUGUAAGAUUUGGAUAUGUCCUUCAUAUUUGACUGGAUUUACAGUGGUUUCAGCAGUGUGCUACAAUUUUUAGGGUUAUAUAAGAAAACUGGUAAAUUGGUAUUUCUUGGAUUGGAUAAUGCAGGAAAAACAACAUUGCUACACAUGCUAAAAGAUGACAGACUUGGACAGCAUGUUCCAACAUUACAUCCUACUUCGGAAGAGCUAACCAUUGCUGGCAUGACCUUUACAACUUUUGAUCUGGGUGGACAUGUUCAAGCUCGAAGAGUGUGGAAAAACUACCUUCCUGCUAUCAACGGUAUUGUAUUUCUGGUGGAUUGUGCAGACCAUGAAAGGCUGCUAGAAUCAAAAGAAGAACUUGAUUCACUAAUGACAGAUGAAACCAUUGCUAACGUGCCUAUCCUGAUUCUUGGGAAUAAAAUUGACAGACCUGAAGCCAUUAGCGAAGAGAGGUUACGAGAGAUGUUUGGUUUAUAUGGUCAGACAACAGGAAAAGGCAGUGUGUCUUUGAAAGAACUGAAUGCCCGGCCCUUAGAAGUUUUCAUGUGCAGUGUGCUCAAAAGGCAAGGUUACGGAGAAGGCUUCCGCUGGAUGGCGCAGUACAUCGAUUAACCUCCACCCCCGUCAACUCCAGGUCUCGCCAUUCAGGCCUACUCAGAGAUUUAAUCACUCAACAUGCAUAACUUGAAUUCAAUAGACUUUUGUUGGUUAGAAAACAGAUGUUUUUUAGAUUAUUAAUAUUAUAUCAACUUAAUUUGAGUGAGAAUCAAAAACUGAUUCAAAGAAGUUUGACUAUGACAAUGUUAGCUUUCUAAUUCCAUAAAAAUAAUUCGUUUUUACAGUUUGUAAUCUGACAUUACCCCCAGCGCCAUUUAUAAAGAGUAAAUUUCCAGCAGUACACUUGAAGCACUUUUUAACAUGAAAUUACAAAUAUAAACCAUAUUUAAAAGCUCAUCAUGUUAAAUUUUUUAUGUACUUUUUUGGAACUAGUUUUUAAAUUUUAGAUUAUAUGUCCACUUAACUGUACAGUUCAUAAUCAGCUUAUUGAUCAUUGCAUGAUGCCUUACAGUUGUCAAUAACAUUUUUUCAUAUGCAAACGUCAUGCAAUAAAACAAACUAAUAUCUGGCA